AACGAGUUGGUUGCGUCCCUCAUUUUCAAGUAUCACUUCAACUUAGGGACGGAGCGUGACGUUCCUUAUGCUCUCCGGGACCGUGUCAAUAAAGAAUUGGACUCUCUUGAGGCAGAUGGAAUAAUAUCCUUAGUGCCUGCGAGUGAUUGGUGGGCACCAUUGGUUGUCAUUCCAAAACCAAACGGUGGCGUCCGAUUAUGUGUUGAUUACAAAUGUGGAGUCAAUGAACGAUUAAUUCAAUCAAAUCAUCCAGUAAGAAGAAUAGAUGAUGUGCUUCAUAGUCUUCGAAAUUCAAGAUAUUUUUGUAAACUUGAUUUAUUUAAAGCCUACCUACAUUUAAAAGUUGAUGAAGAUAGUAGCAUGAUACAGACCAUUUCAACACAUCGUGGUACGUAUCGCAUGCAUAGGCUUAGUUUUGGAAUAAAGACAGCACCAUCAGAAUUCAAUCGCAUUCUUUCUCAAAUUCUCAAAGGGUUACCAAAAACAGAAUCUUACUUUGACGAUAUUAUUAUACAUGGUGAAACACUUCAAGAAUGUACUGAAAAUUUAGAAGCUUGCUUACAAAGACUUUCUGACUAUGAUCUGCACAUAAAUAAACAAAAGUGUUCCUUCAACAAAAGUGUUUUUCAAGAAAAAAUCGAAUAUCUCGGACAUGUUAUUGAAUAUAAUAAGAUAAGUAAAUCGCCAACAAAAAUUCAAGCUGUUCAAGAAAUGCCAAGACCAUCAAAUAUUAAAGAAAUCAAACGACUUUUGGGACUU